UGACCCAAAUUCCAUAACAACAAGACACGUUACACACUCUGUGUUUGAUGUCUGAUUGAGCUCGACUGCAAACUUUGUUCCAGUUCAAGCAGGUCUCAGGAUUGUACCAUCUAACAAUGGCACAGAAAGGAGCCCCAGAGGUUGGAUGCGAAACUCCUGCAACAGAGGCCAGCCAGGUGAUAUUUGGUGCAGAGAAUCUUGAGUAUCAGAUGGGACAAUUCAUCAGGACAGGUGGCCAUUCUGUUAAAAUACUUCUGAGCGGUAAAACAGGAGUUGGCAAAUCUCACUUGACAAACGCUCUUAUUGGAGAAGAACUUGCAGAAGAAGGAGAGGACGUUGAUCCACAAACCGACAAAGUAACAGCUUAUGAUUUUUUAAAAAACAACGUGAAUGUUACAGUGUUCGACACUCCAGGAUUAGCAGAUGCGACAGGAAACGACGAAGAAUACCUAAAGAAAAUGAAGGAAGACGUAAGUGAUUUGGACCUGUUUCUCUUUUGUACCGAGAUGAACACAAAACGAUUCCGUACCGACGACUUUGAAACGAUGAAAAAGCUAACAACGACGUUCGGUCCAGAGCUUUGGGACCAUGCAGUGGUGGUGUUGACGUUUGCCAAUGAAGUGCCUUUGUCACCAAGCAGCAAGACCAAAAACAUGUCCGAGAAAGACAUUUUCGUUAAUCGUUUUUCAGGUUUCAAGAGAAAGAUAAAGGAUGUCCUGAUCCAACUUGACGUACCCGAAGCGGCAGCUAUUAAUGUGCCAUUUGUGCCGGCUGGUGACUCAGAUGAGCCAAGACUACCAGACAGAGAAAAUUGGUUGACAGCAUUUUGGGUUGCUGCUUUCAAACGUAUUAACAGGAAUGCAAAGGCUGCCUUUCUUUUGGCAAAUGCUGAUCGCAUUACAUUUUCGUCUCUCUCACCUUCCGAUGAGAAGAACUCAGAAAACGAAGAAAACGACGAUGAUCUUGAAUCUCCAUCUGCGGGGCUCUCCAGCGAGGAAGUGAAAGCUAUCAAGGAAAUGAAGAAAAAAUUAAAAGAAGUGUCCUUCGAAAAGACCCUGAACUGUUGUUUACUGAAACCAAGAGCAUAUGAUGAACUCGGGGAGAAGUCGGUCACAUCGCAGAAUCAAGUUGCCAAAGGGUCUGGUACUUCGAUCAAUAUGGACGAGACUUACUCCCUUGACCUCAAAGAAGAAAUGGUAGGGAAUGUUGGGGAGAAGACAGUCACAUCGCAGAAGCAAGUUGCCAAACUGUCUAGCCCUUGCAUCAAUGUGGACGAGACUUCCUCCUUUGACCUCAAAGAAGAGAUGGUAGGGGAUGUUGGGGAGAAGUCGGUCACGUCGCAGAAGCAAGUUGCCAAACUGUCUGGCCCUUUCAUCAAUGUGGACGAGACUUCCUCUCACGACAUCAUAAAAGAGAUGAUAGGCGAGGUGACCGGACAGUUCGUCGGCGACCUGACCAAUAAGAAAUUUGGUCGCUAUUAUCAAACGUUCUUUAAAUGGUUGAUGAGGCGUUUUAAGAUGUUAUUUCCGGCGGUACGCGCAAUAAAGGACAAGCCAGAAAACGAGAAGAAUGAAGAUACUGGCGAGAAGGAAGAGAGUGAAACAGAAGACGAGUAACAAUCGAAGGAGUAAAACUGUAAGAACGAUUUCCUUUGUUUUCGCUGAGCUAAAAGGGAUCAGUGUUAAACUUUAAGUAUGGAAACGGUUUUUUCAAGUAGCUUCUUCCAGUUUCAUUAGCUGUUUUAAAAUGUUUUAUAGAACAUUAGUUCGAAAAAUGUAACAUAUAUAUCGAAAAAGGAAACUUGUAACACUUGCGCGAAUCCUUUUUUCUUGUCUUAUGUGGAAGGUAAUACGUAUUUGAAUGACUAAACAAACAAGUUCGUUAUCAGUGCGUAAUUUAGACCCUCCAGAGUGGCUCAUCAUAUUAAGUUGGAGCUAGUAUAUUCCUGAUUCUACGAACAUUUCUUUAGAUAAACCUGGUUUAGUCCGUAUAUUUAUCACUACCGAAGGAAAAUAAAAACAUUUACAGAUUCGUGUAGUUGGCGUUUUAUGGCAGCUAUCGAGGAACAUGGCAUGCGCAUCAGUUUUGAGAAAUACACGAGUUCGAAUCAGCCUGCAGUAGAGCCAUUGAACGCUUAGAUUUUUUAUCUAUCAGUAACAGUUUUCUUGGGUUUGUACGUACAAAUAACUUCUAAUUUUUUUUAUUGGAGCUAAACUGAAUCCUACUUUGCAACGUUUGUAACUUAGUAACUUUCUCUCUAUUUGCCAUUUCUCUAGGUUGGACGUGGCCAUUUUAAUUUUUCAUUCAACCGUCCGAUUACUGCCAAGCCCCGCCAGUAGAAACAACCUGACAACAAUGUGUGUAAAUAGAAUUCCGGGUCGUUCUUUUCCUUAUUAGACUUAUUACAGCUUGUGAUUUUAUAAAGCGUAACGAGGACAUUGCAAAAUAUAAUAUAGUGUUGGGAACUCCAUGAUUGUCAGAUAGAUCCGGCAAUGAUGAAGAAUGUCUUAGGAAAAUCAAGCGGGAAAAGGGGAACGAUUUCGAGUCCUUUCUCUUCUUUACGCAACCGAGAGAGAUGUUUUUAACAACCAAAUGCUACUGCUGAGCAGCAAAUGUAGCAAGCCCUGAUGCAAUUGGAGUGCCUAAAUGGGCAGCUGUGAAUGUUCCAUUAAUUUUUGUGCCAGCUGGGGGCUCGAGCGAGCCGGUGAGGAAUGGCAGUCAAAGACCACUGGUUAUAUGUUUAGAAUGAACAAAAUGAAAGAAAUUGUUCUCCCCGGUUGAUGUGUGACACUUAAAUGGAUAUAGACAUUCAAAAGAAAAUAAAAGUUGAAAACUGAUUAAAUGCUGAUUCAACUUGAAAUUUCGUCUUGUAUAUAUGCAAGUCACUGAUAUAUUUUGUAUAUCAAAAUCGGGACUCAUAUGAUGUCUGCUCGGGAUUUCGCCUCGGGGUUAAACCUUUCGCGGAAAAUAACGUCAGACGUCAAGUCUUGGAUUAAGCUGUCACAUGAUUAAUAGUAGAUGUAUUUUUAGAUAUUGACGCUAUCUCGUGCAAUAAGCUUUGACCGCUCUAAAUAUCCUCCAGGUA